AUGGGUCUUCCUAGCUGCAUCGGCCCCUCAGCGGUGGCACGAAACGAAAGUACUCCACGCGGAACUGCACAGCGGCUGCGUCUGUGUAACACCUUAGCUGUCCUUGCCUUACUCUCGCUUUUCAGGGGAGCCCCAGAUGGCUCAGGAUGUGGAACGUUCUUUGCUUUCGCUGCUGAAGCACCUCUCUCAGCCCCGGCUGCAGAGGCAACAAGUCUCGUCUCUCCUGCUGUUGGGUCUGAAUCCGGCUUUUUGCACCCGCAGAAGCCUGCCGCUGCCUCUAGAAGUAAGGACAGUGAAGUUGAGUUCCGUCCUAUCAGGUACGGCAGCUGCAGUAUGCCACUGGCUGUUGGGGGUGAGAUUAUUCGAUGCAAAGGAGAAGAGGGAGGCAGUCCCUACGUAGCUCUGAGCACAGUGGACUGGCCGGUGGGGCCUCUGUUAAAUCAAACGUUUCCUGUUGAUCUGCCUGCGGACUUUUUUCUGCGCCGGACGAUGGCCCGUCAGUCAAAGGCUGAGAGUGGCACCCCAGGCUCUACGGUUACUCUCCCGAGCGCCACAGGACAAUCUGGGGGAGACGGAGAAGCAAAUUACGCCCAAAGUAACGAAAAAGGGGCUUUGAAUGACCCGCACUUCAUACGCAUUUUUGGCCGAUGGACAACCUUUCCUCGGGGAUUAAAUUUAUGGUUGGAUACAAAUGCAACUCCACCUCUUGAACGCAAAUUAAUAGGCAAAACGGCCCCUCCAGCGGCCUCUAAGGAACAAGAUCCAUCAACUGAUGCGUCACUUCAGACAGUAAAGGACAAUCCGGCGUUCUCUGCAGGCGUUGCUGCUCGCCCUCGACCUCGGCGCCGGCAUCCUUUUCUGUAUUGGCGGCAGUCCAUCACUUCUUCACCUAUGGAGGAUUCAUGUGUGGCCUUCAUUAAGUUGCCUGUUAGAGAAGGGGUUCAGAACAUUCCCGCUUCGAACUCUGGUGCAAAAGUCAUUCCCGAGUCCUGCGAAGAGGCUCAGCUGAUGUUAUCGAGUGAGAAGAGCGAGGAAUCGACAGCUGAACCUUUUUGGCUUGCUUGCAGCCCUGAGCCGCAGCUGAGCCGGCUAGCGCGCUACAUCACAUUUGCAGUGCCGCAGGAGAAGGUCACUAGAGUGCUUGACGCUCUCGAUUACAGUGUUGAAAUCUGGAGGGAAGCUCACGAGAUGCUACACAAACCGAAGUGGGGCGCUGAGGUCUCAUCCUUAGACAGUACUGGCGAAAGCGCAGAGGCAACGAAAGACCAGAAACCAGCUACUUCGUCAGUACAGCACCAGGCCUCAGUUGUUCGUGAUGUGGAGGCGCGCCGACUGUCUGCAUUGCGGGGGGACCUUAUUGAAACCCCAGCAAAGUGGAAAGUUGGGGUUUGCCUCCUAAAUAAUGCUCGGCGGAAACCAAAACGACAAGAAGGAGAAACCCAGGAUGAGAACACGAGCAGUGAUGCAGCGGGGGAUGUUGCGCGCUCAGCUCAAACUCUCCAAACUCAUGUCCAGGAAGAAAAUGGGGCUGAAGACACGGAGGCAGAAAAUGGCUUGCACGGUGAAACGGCAGGUCAUGAUGACACGAAGGAAAAGACACGUUUAUUUAAGGACCCACAACUUGUUGGCGAGUUGAAAUUUCAUAUAUCCCCGGUUGUGGCUCCUCAAGCAGAUGACGAUCCACAAGACGAACCUGAAACUGUUCAAAUUCGGCACUUUAUUGAUGCGGGCUGGAUGUUUACAAAGUACAUCGAUGGAGUAAACGUUUCGCGAUUCAACCGCCUGGCUAUCAAAGAAUCACCAGUGGGGAUCGCCCAGCCAUGUCUAGGGUUCUGGGACGAGCACAGUCUCUUAAGUGUGGCGCCUGAUGGAUAUUCAUGGGAUGAAGCUACAAACAAAGGGACCCUUAGAUUUGUAUUCAGCAGUUCAUUGAAGGAUACAGUUGGCAACAGCGACGCGCUGUUUGAUGCUGUCCCCGGGCAUCACGCCACUUCGCGCAUGCACAUUUGUUUUUACCCUAAUGAGGAACAACCGUUUGGGAUGUUUAUGGGGGAAGUACGAUUCAUCAUUGACUCAGCGGACGCGACUUUGCUCGUUUGCUUUAUCCUUUUUGUGUUUCUGGCUCUUCCACUUUCCUGUUCUAUCGCCAUCUCGUUCCACGUAUACAAGCACCGCCAUUUGCGCGAGCGACUACAAAGGCUUGUGCUGGUCCAACAGCGUGACGCAGUGGAGCAGCUCUUAAUGCGAGAAUUGGGGCUUACUGCAGAGGACCAAGAAGAUGUGUAUGACGAUGACGAUGAUGAUGAGCUCCACACUUGA